AUGAAAUUUGAGGAUGAAGAGUCUAAGGAAUUACAGAAACAGAGACUUGAGAGACGAAGGCAAAAGUUCUCGGAAGAAGCCAGAGAUAAUAUACUUAACAGUCCGUUGCGAGACGAGGCCUUGCUGAGUAAAUCAACCAAUGCUGGCAUUGAGUCUCUGGUAGCAUCCCAAGAUCUUAGAGAAAAAUUCCUUUGCCAACUAAAACACAAAAAUGCAGAUCAAAGAGAACACGGAUUACGGAAGUUACGAGAAAUCAUCGUUAGUAUUUACGAUCAGAAUAAAAGCGACAGAUCGUUUGUGGAACAGGCUUACGAGGUCUACAAAAUGUCUUACGAUUUUUAUCUUCAGAAGAGAGAUUUCAAUAAAGUCGCCAAUCUUGUGCUGAGCUUCAUGGUCACCCACUUACCGCUCGACAUGACAGUGGAGUACGCAGAAAUCAACAUUAUCAGUCUGUCCCAUGUUACACGGGAUAUGGAUAUGUGCAUCAGAAGUGUAAGGGACAUGGCUCACGGCAGUACACCAAGUGAGCUACUCAAUAGUUUGCUUGAAAUGUCUGUCAUUUAUAUGUAUCAAACAAGCUCCCCCCGCCGAUGGUUCAAGAUAUUAUCAGCUUUCGACACUGAAUCACCGAUAUAUUCCUACGUGACAAGGUCAAAAGCAUUCAUGGAGAUGCGAAGAAGGAAUUUCGAACAAAUCGCAAAAUGCUACAAUCAGAUUCCCGUAGGUUUCCUCAUCGAUCGAUGGUUUUCUAAUAUGAUUACUGCUGAUGAAGUCAGAAGUCUUCACGACUUCGUCACUACGCCGAACGGAGCAGAAGUGAUCGUAUUCAAGAAAAGAAGAUAG